AACCGAAAUUAUUGGUCAACAUUCUUGUCGUUUCGCCGAUACCGCGCGGUCUUCUUCGCAUGCACGACUCCGUAGCAGAACAUGAUGCAUUUCGAGGAAUGAAAGAGGCCACCGUGCUUACUCUGCUGAAAGGCAAUUUCUGCCUUUGGAAAGGACUGCUACGGUUGAUAUGGCCGGCCAUUCUUCCCAGAUGCAUUAUUGGGCAGCCGGAUGGCUAUAUCUUGCCCAGAUCUGCUUGACUUCAGUGCUGUAUACAUUCUGUGUGUCCCUCGUCAAGAACAUUGAUUCCAGGUCGGCGUGGCACGAUUAUCUAUCAUGACGGUCAUGUCCACAAGCAUUCCUCAAGCAUUGCAGGCCACACUACCUGGGGUCUCGUUGUCAGUUCUUGUCGUCUUGCUUGCUGCAUAUUUUCUAUGGCAGGCUGUUUCGAGGCCGCAGCCUGCCGUAGACCAGUGUAAAUCAACCGCAGGAUCAGAAGAUUCGAUCGACUUGAGUUGGGUGGAACCGUUGUCGACAUUUGAGAUCGAGGCAACUCCAGAGAUCCAAUAUCGUCCGUUCAAAGACGGUAAAUAUCAUCUUACGAUGGGGAUAGGCAAAAUGCCUGAAGAGUGCUGGAUUGAGCUAGACGAUACGUAUCGUACGAAGAUGGCUCUGAAACGUCGUCUGCUGCAAACUCAACGUGAUAUGGUCACCGCAUUCCAUCCUGACGGUUGGGAAGGUAGCUACGAAGCGCUUCAAACUCAAGUCGACUUCAUCACGAAGCGAUUUCCCAACCUCUUCUCCAAGACGUUGGUGGGCGUAAAGAACCAUAUUUUGAAUGAAGAAUGGGACAUCCGCAGAAGUUCAUCGUUGUGGGAAACAUAUCAUCCUACCGAAGUCAUGGGUAUGCUGACAUUGGAUGACUACGUCGUCAUGGUCAAGGACAAGGUCGCCGUACCUGGUGAAGACGCACCACAAUAUCGUGUCAAAGCCGGUACUGUCUGUUUUCCAGGAGGUUGGAAAGUGAAAGACAAGCUGGGCUUGUCCGUCUUCAGUCUACAUGCCGGCAAAGUACCCGACUAUGAGACAAAGAUUGCCCUAUCCAUGAACCGAUUCUUUGAGCGCUUGAAAGUCCAAGAGCCAGUCCAGAGGUUCAAUUACCAUCUCGAUCCCAGCCCAGAGUUAUUCCAUCCCAAGUCGCACCACAACACGGAAGCGCAACCUGCACAGCUCGAAGACCUCUACUUCCGCGUCGAAAGACAAUGCCUACGACGGUUACCGCGUACAAGAGCCAUCGUUUUCCAGAUCAGGACGUACCUGUACCGAUUGGCCGACAUGUUCGAUACCACGCCUCAAUUGAUGAAGCAGCCCAAUCUGAGACUCGAUGAGGCCAUUGCACGACGUUGGCGAGCCAGUAUCGAUCAAUUGGACGGGCCACUGGCAAAAUACAAAAACAAAGGUGUGUGGGAAGCUGCGGUGGUGGACGCGUUAGAAAAAUGGUUAAGCGAGCAUGAAGGCAAGCGCGUGGACACUGUUGCAGGGGUUUGUACUCCAAUUCAGCUGGGUGACGGUUCAGGCGUGGUAAACGUAUGAUCCCUGCGGCUAGAUACCUCGACUGCCCAGGCUACUCUUAAGUAUCUACAGUGAUCACCGUUGGGAAAACUACCAGGGCUCCUCU